ACAACGACAUUUUGAGCAUGUUUGAACAUUUUGCGGCAGCAGUGAAGCGAAUUUAAGGUCUGUGUUUUUACUGCUUGGGUUGAGUUUUCAAUAUAUAAUUGUAUCAUGUGCUGAAUAUCGUAAUUUAUAAGUUUUGUUUAAUUGUAAGUAGGUUCACCCACGGCUUAUUUCUUCCGGAAAUAAUUCAGAAUCCAUCAAGGCUUAUUGGUAAAAAAAAAUUUGCCCGAAACUAUCAUGGAAAUAGGAAAUUGUAAACCGGAAGCGUUUUGUCGAGUUUGCGGCGACAAGGCCUCAGGGAAACACUACGGCGUACCUUCAUGCGACGGCUGCAGAGGUUUCUUUAAAAGGAGCAUCAGACGUAAUUUAGAUUACGUGUGUAAGGAAAGCGGUCGUUGCAUUGUAGACGUGACGAGAAGAAACCAGUGCCAAGCAUGUCGUUUCUCAAAAUGCCUCAGAGUAAACAUGAAAAAAGAAGCUGUGCAACACGAACGAGCUCCCCGUCCAGCGGUAACAAUACAACAUCAAUUGGCAUUGCAGAAACUCGGAUAUAGUUUUUCACGGCAACAAAACUUUAUUCCCACUCCGUCCCCUUUAAGUUUCCCUACUUUUCCGUCUAUACACUCAUAUAGCGGAAUUGUACCAACCCUUGCCGAUCCAAAUGUACACAACUCUUUUUUGGAACGAACGCCAUAUCAAGAAUUUACUACGUCCAGAAUACCGGGGACUAUUGGUUCGGAAACAUCGCACAUGUGCCCCCUUUUAAGUCCACAAGUCGGUACACUUAAUCCUCUUAGUCCGUUCAAAAUUCCGCUAUUUUCUACUUCCUUGCAUUACCCUGUGACACAUCCAGGAUAUUUAUCGACAAACAUAUUUUAUCCCUCUGUAAUAUCUUCAGACGUUUCUGCUUCGUCCAGCUUACAAAAAUCUGUAAAUUUGAAAGAUAAUAAUGCGUUACCUUGCUCUUCAAAUGAAAUUAAUUUAUCAGAUAAGCCUGAUUCACAACACUUGGAUAAAAACAAAGAAGAUGAAGUUACCAGUUCUGAAGAAGCAUUACGUACAAACUGUCAAGCCGAAGGAAAGCCUGAAGAUUCCAAGAAGAUAUCUCAUCAUUCACUAAGCCAUUUCGAACCACCAAUUCAUCUGGUACCCAAACAUACUGAAAAACUGCAUUCAACUGUCUGUCAAAAAAUGUUAGAAGUAUCAAAAAAUUUUAACGACCGGCAAACACCGCUAAAGCCGAAAGAGGAUAUAAAAACUUGUCUCGAAGAUAUUGUUUGCACGAGAGUAACAAACGUAUCAUUUUAUGAUGAUGGGUUACUAUUGGGACAUGCUCACUAUGAUUCCGCUGUAAGAUUAUUAGUAGCCGCUGUGAAAUGGUUACAUACGCUUAUAGCGUUUAAUGAAAUGAAGAACACGGAACAAGUUAUUCUUUUACAGAACAAUUGGAAGGAAUUAUUUAUUCUUACGGCUGCUCAGUGCACCUUUUGUUUUGAUCAAGAAAUUACGGCAAAAACCAAACGUAACAACGUUGAUUUAAAAAAAAUCUCAGGUUUUUUAAGAAGAAUCAUAAAUCACUGCCUGGAUUUAACAGAAUAUGACUGUUUGAAAACUGCUUUACUAUAUCGCAAAGAACUAUUGGAUGAUUCUCCAGCAUUGCAAUUAGAAAAUUUGCAAGAUCAAGCAUUGCUACUUUUACAGAAACAUUGUGCUACAAAGAAGCCUAAUCGUUUUGGAAAAAUAAUGCUUCUACUUUCUAAUGUGUGUUGUUUUGCAAGCCAAAACAUCAUAGAACAGAUACUCUUUCCGGAUUCUACUCCUUAUGAGAUUAAUACAACAUUAUCACGCAUUUUAUUUUAUACUUCAAUGUGAAUAAACCCAUUCCGAUUUUUAAUUUAUUAUCAUAAGAUUUUAAGAGGAGUACCUAAUUGUAAGGAGGUUCUAAUGUAUCUAGAACGAAAUCGCAAAUUGAUUUAGAUUUAUUCUUCUGUGUCAAUUUGUGACUGUUAUCCACAAUGCUUACAUACUGUCAUGUAAUAUUAUCACAGCUGUAAAUUCUGUCAUGCCUUUUUAUUGAAUGCAAUAAUGUUUUCUUUGUGAUGAUAACUUGUUUUUUUUUGAACAGCUGACUUGUACUUCAUAUGUGAUUGUUUUUGCAAUCACAUUUAUAUUAAAAAAAAUUUUUUUGUAAAAUUUUUAAAUAAUAGAUAAUAAUUCCGCUCAAUCCUAGAGUAAUGUAAUUUUCCGAUAAUAAAAUUACUGAGCUCAAUACAAAGUUAAGAACUCUAAUACAAGUAGAAUAUUACUUCAACUAAGUAUUCAAUAACCAAAAGAUUUGACACAAAAAUCAUUAUUGAACUAUUGCGUAAAAUAUUUAGAUAAUACUUAAUUUAAAAUUUAAUUUGCCCACUAUUUUAAAACUAGGUUUGGUUUGAUGGAUACCUACUAAUUUAGGAAAAUUCAAUUAACUUAAUAAUUCGAAAAUACUUUUGCAAUAAAACACUACCAACUACAUAAUAAGAUAGUAAGUAGGUACCUAUAAAUUUUUUUGAUUAUCUUAACAUAUUACGUUCAACAACCUCGCAAUGACAAGGAUGAAUACAUUAGUAUGCUUGCUUCUAAAUUCUUUAUUUAUGCUUCUAAAUAACUAAACAACUAAAUAAAAUUAUACUUGAAUCUUGAAAAAUGUAAAGGAGUUGCUCUCGCCUUCUAAACAUACAAGUAGAUUCAAGUGCUUUUUCUGUUUCUUGUGGUAAUUUUAGUAUUGCUAUCCUACAUCUAAAAUUAGACAUGAUAAUAAAUGAAAAAAAAAACAUAAAAAAGUAUGAAGAAACUGAAGAAAAUUAACAAAUAUCGCAAGACACGUAUAAUGUAGAAGAUACAUCAAUGAUACAUGGUGUUCCAUAACACAACUAUGUUGCCGCAUUUGAGAGAAAAGUCCUAUGUGUAAAUCUUAGUUAUUAAGCCAAUCAAUCAUUGUAGUGAAAAUUAAAAAACAAUACCUAUGUAGGUACCGAUUCUACCGAUUUACUUCACACAAUUUACGUGUCUGCGCUUAGUUUCAAGCCAUCUGGGUGUCCCGCCUACCAUAGUGUUGUAAGCUUAUUCUUUAAUUUUUAGUAAACAUUUUUAAGGCGGUUCCGACUUCUGUUUUGUUUUAUUUCAUAAUUUGUUUAAUUAUUUUAUUAAAUUUAACUCAAUUAUUUAAAUUGAAAAAUAAUAGCGAGAUGGAACUGCAAAGCUUAUCGAUUUAAAUGUAUGACUCACUAGUGGAUGGGAAAUACUAGGUAUCAAUUUAUCUUACUUAUUCACAUGGGACGGCUAUGCAAAAAACCAUUACUAAAAUCACUCGUUCAAAUAAAAAAAACAUUCAUUUUUCAAAUGAACUAAGAAUAUACUUACAUUACAUUAGUUUACAUUUACGCAGUAGAGAGUACAUAAAAAAUAUAAUGAUAUUUUAGAAUUUUAUAAUAGAAUCUUGUCUAUCAAUUCUAACUUUACUAAAAUAUACAAACAUAACAAUAGA